AUGUCUGCUUUAAAGGAUUUCAGCUAUAAGGAGGAGGAAGAUGGCGAAAUUCCUGUACUUGUCACAGGUGAUGAGAACAAUUUGUCUCAAAUAUUGGGACACAUCGCUAGCGAUGGCGGUGUGAACUUAGUAAGUGAGGUAAAGAUUGAUCGAGCCAACAAGCAAGUGGAAGAAAGUGGAGAUCACACCAAAAAAAUCCCAGUGACAAUAAUCACUGGAUAUCUUGGUUCUGGGAAAUCGACAUUAUUAGAAAAAAUUGCACUAAAGGGUUCCGACAAGAGAAUAGCCGUAAUAUUGAAUGAAUUUGGGGACUCUAGUGAAAUUGAGAAAUCAAUGACUAUUAGAAACGGUGAAAAUUCUUAUGAAGAGUGGUUGGAUUUAGGGAAUGGCUGCUUAUGUUGCAGUUUGAAAGAUGUUGGUGUUAAGGCUAUUGAAAAUAUGAUCGCGAGAAGUCCUGGCAAAAUCGACUAUAUCCUACUGGAGACUUCAGGAAUUGCAGAUCCUGGCCCUAUUGCAAAAAUGUUUUGGCAGGACGAGGGUCUAUAUAGCAACGUUUACAUUGAUGGAAUCAUCACAGUGUUGGACGCGGGUAAUAUUUUGGCAUGUUUGGACGAUAUUUCGCCUGAAGCACACUGGCACGGAGAGAAAGUUCUAGUCGAUGACAAUCUCACAAUAGCCCAUCUACAGAUUGCAAUGGCAGACUGCAUUCUUCUUAACAAAAUUGAUAAAGCUAUUGAUGAUUCGGAGAAGCUGAAAACAAUCGAAGAUAAGGUGAAUUCAAUUAAUAAUUUAGCGCCCGUCUAUCUUACAAAAUUUGGUGAGAUAGACCUUGACAAAAUUCUCAAUCUCCAUGCUUUCGAGCUUGCCUCUCUCAAAAAGCAGCAGCGGGGCACAUUGCAUGACCCCAGAAUACGGACAGUCACACUCACCUUCCCACCUCUUAAAAAUGAAGCAGAAUAUAGCCGCUUUCUCAAUGAAUUUCUACGAGUUGUUCAUUGGAAGGACUUCGGUCACGAUAUUGAUGAUGAGUUUGAGAUACACAGAACUAAGGGACUCAUACUUGUUGGCAAUGACUGCAGAGUCAUUCAAGGUGUGCGGGAAACUUUCGAUGUAUUUCCUGGAACUCGUCUUCCUGAAGUUAACGAGUGCAGGAUAAUUUUUAUUGGUAAAAGCAUAAAGGAGGAUUCAUUGAUGAAGAUCCUCAAGAAAGUUAUACAACUUUAG